AUGAUAAACAUAUACAAAAACUGUCUUAAUAAGUAUCCUUACCUCACAAGGAUGUUUACUUCAGGACUAAUUUUGUCAGCUGCUGACUUUACCUACUAAACUUUCUUUGAAAAGAGAGAAACUUACGAUUUCAAAAGAAUUGGGAUAAACUAUACAGUUGGAUUUAUAGCAGCUCCUUGGCUUUUUGUGUGGUUUAAUAAAAUAUAACCAUAGACUUUGAAGUUCUUACUUGGUAAACCACUAAAUACUCCUAUAUAUGAUAAAAUGACUAAAAAGAUAAGUUAUGAUAGACUAUUUGCAAAAAUGCUAUUAGACUACUUUAUUUGUUUCCCAGUCAUGCAAUUAAUUUACCAUGUUAAUUUUAACAUACUUUACAAUAACAACUUAGAAUCUAUAUAUAAUGCUUUCGAAACAAAAGUUACCUUCUCCUUAUAAAAUUACCACCAGGCAUGGCCAGUAGCUUCUUGCCUAAUUCAUCUUUUCGUUCCAGCCUACCUCAAAGCAAUAUGCGCAAAUAUUUCUGGAACAACUUGGAACAAUUAUGUUAACUAUCUUUUUUCUUCUAAAUGA